CUACCUCUAAUAGUUAACAAUUGCCACAAUGCUUCUAUCUAGACGCAUUCCUCACAGUUCUUCAGGGUCUCGUGUUGCGCCCCGGGCCAGAGCGCCGCGACGCAUAGUACGCGUUGUUUGCCACGGACAUGGACACGGACAUGGACAUGGACAAUCGGGAACAACUGUGGUCACGGAGAAGGAUCGGGGAUUUAUCGCUGAAAUGCGGAAAGUUGCGAUGAAGUUGCACACAAAGGAGCAGGCGCCCAAGGAGGGCGGCAAGGAGACACCAAAGAACCAGGGUCCGUGGGUUCCCACACGCAAGGGCUACUUGAGAUUCCUUGCUGAGUCGAAGGCGGUCUACGAUGCCUUCGAGAGGCUAGUGCAUGAGAAUGACGCAUACGCCGUGCUGCGUAACACGGGACUGGAGCGCGGCCAAAGCCUGGCUGAGGACCUAGCAUGGUUCCAUCGCACCUACCAGCUCAGCGCACCCGAGCUCAAAGAGGAUGGGCCAGGCCUGUCGUACUGCCGGCUGCUGGAGCGGCUAGCGAAGGAGGACCCGCCAGCCUUCAUCUGCCACUAUUACAACUUCUACUUCGCACACACGGCGGGCGGCAGGAUGAUUGGCAAGCAGGUCGCCGGCAUGGUGCUGGACGGCGCCACCCUGGAGUUCUACAAAUGGCCUGGCAUGGACGUGAACGCAGCGCUGGAGGCGGUACGGCGAAGCAUCAACAUCCUGGCGGAGGGCUGGAGCGAAGAACAGCGGGAGCGCUGCUUGGUGGAGACGGAGGCGACAUUUGAGUGGUCGGGAGGGCUGCUCAAGUGCAUUACGGCAGCGGAGUGAGGGAGAGGGAGGCUGGAGGAGAGGAGGGAUGGAGGAGAGGAGGAGAGGCGGAUGUCAGCAGUAGGGGCCCUUACAGGCUUUGCUUGGACCUGUUCCAUGUUCAGAUGUAAGGCUGUAGGGCUUGUGCAGUAACAGGUAAUGGGUCCGUGUACUCUGCGUCUUGUAUGCUAUUCGUUAACAGGCCAACAGCUGAAAGCAGUGUGUGUACGACAGAGAAGAUAGGGAUGAGAGCGUGUGGUGCUAGAAUCGCAAUCUUAUGCAGAGGAACGUGAGCGGAUGUGCGGAAUGUGGUGUGUGGCGCCGCGCGGCGUACAAAAAGCUCUUGGGGGCGUAGGAUGGGCUAGAGUGCGUCGCGGGUGAGAUCAGGGCACGUGUACUGAAGACGCAGUCAGUUACUCCUGACUAUUAACCGAUGUACUAUUAAUUCAAUACAAUCUUGCAGGUGGAUUAAUAUGUUAUGCGCGAUAGCGAUAGCGCUAGCCUCACAAAGAUGAGUUCGGAUGGCAGACGACCUAGGGUGCUGCUGGGAAGCACAGGCAGCGUGGCAAGCAUCAAAGUCGCGGCCCUCUGUCGACUGCUACUAGAAUUUGCGGACGUAAAGUUAAUUGUAACAAGCUCGGCCAAGCACUUCAUAAACGAGGAUGACUUGCCGGAUGCCGUCAAACCAGUUCUUGGAGAUGAGACCGAGUGGCGGCAGUGGCGUGUCGUGGGCGACCCCGUGCUGCACAUCGAGUUGCGCCGCUGGGCCGAUUGCCUGCUGCUUGCACCGCUGUCCGCAAACACCCUCGCCAAGAUGGCUGCGGGCAUGGCGGAUAACCUGCUGACGUGUGUCGUACGAGCAUGGGACUUCAGCAAGCCGAUGCUGGUUGCCCCUGCCAUGAACACGGCCAUGUGGAACUCCCCCUUCACCUCGCGCCACCUGGACACACUGCUGGAGCUGGGGACAGCUGCCGCGGCAGCAACAGCGGCAGCGGCUGGUGCCGCAAGCACCGGCAUUCCAACAUUACAGAGUGGCGUUGGUGGACUUCACACUACCAGCAGCGAUAGCGGUGGCGGUAGCAGCAGCAGUACAGUGGUGGUAGUGCCGCCGGUUAGCAAGCGGCUGGCAUGUGGGGAUGAGGGAACUGGAGCCAUGGCAUCGCCCGAGGACAUCGCGGCAGCUUGCCGGCGAUCGCUACUGCCGCUGUUGUCGCAGCUGCAGCAGCAGGAGUAGCGGCCGCAAGAGCGGUGGUGAUGGCUGCAGUAUGCAGUAGCUCUGCCGCUGCUGCUUGCCGCAGGAUGCUACUUACGACAUCGGGGGAAGUGCAUCAGUUGCAUUAGCAUAACGCAAUGAAAAGGGUCGUAGCUACCGCGGGUGCAACAAGCCGAAAGGGCAGUCGUAGGCGAGGUAGGCAUUCAUGCCGACAUUGCGGCAGAAAAGGUACACGCCGGUUAUGGUAGGGGUAAUAUGUUAGCUUGGCUCAUGCAGCGUGCCAGUUUGCGCGUGUGAGGUGCAGGUAUGGUCGCACUUCUCGUAGACGCAGCACAAACUCACCUGUAGGGCUGAAAGGACAUGCUAUGUGCAGAUGCACCGGUUGUAUGUUGCUAUACCUUGAUCCUAACUGGAACUUACAUCUAUGCUUACUCCGUUGUUGAGUAUAUGCUAACAACAAGGGGCCCUUAAUGAUUUCUUCCUGUGGAUGGCAGACAACGUAAUGUCAGAAGCAC